GCAAUUCAACACUUGCUCCUGCCAACUCGACGCGAGCGAGCAUGCUGCAUCAUUGCUUUUGUUGGUUGGGGCAGCUCAAGCUCCGCCACUCACUGCAAUGUACAUAAAUGCACCAAGGAGGAUUUUGGGCCUGAGUCUACGCCGGCCUCCGUCAAUCGAGGACAAAUUGAAUUUGAGGACGGUCCGUGGUCCUGGGUCUGACUCCUGUCACACGAUUGACUCACGCCGAAAGCGGAAAGCCUGGCAAACAAGAUGACAAGAUGAAACCGUCCUCACUUAUUUCAGUGUAUAAGUGCGACCCCAAAGACCAGACAAGCCCGACCACCUGAUGAGACUUGGUUUCAGUGAAUCCUCUUCAAGACUUGAACCGGCUCGAGUCUUGGGUGAUCAUUUCAGCGAUCAAGAUGGCAGCUCCAGUCAGCGAAUCCUAUGACCUGUUGGUCAUAACCGAUGCCACUUGGUCUAUGGGGACUUAUCUCAUGUCGCUCAACAGCUCGCUGCAGGAUAUCGUCCGCAUCUCGGCGACGACGGCAUGCUUUGAUCGCGUCGGCGUCCUGGCCUAUCGUGACUAUGUCGCCGACCGCCGCAACCUCAUCGAAUGGUCAGGAUGGCAUACCAGGGACGCCAAUUCCGAAACCUCUCAGGACCGCCUGCUAUCCUUCGUCAGAAGCCUCCGGCGCCAUGGAGGCGUCGACUGGCCCGAGGCAACCAAGACCGCUCUCGCUCAUGCCUACGAGCUCAUGCGCCCUAACGCGAAGACCAUCAUCCUCCUAUAUGCAGAUGCCCCUCCGCACACAAAAGAGAACUCGGGUCAUGGCAUGUGGGAAGCCGAGCAGCGGGCACUGCUAACGCCGGGCGCCUACGGUGGGACGGCCAACCUCUUUGCCGACUGGACAUCGGCCGUCACCACCCUUAGCUGUGGCGAAAAACGUGCGCAGGUCUUCACCAUCAUUGAUCCCGGCCAGAGCCUCACCUCGACGCCUACCUUCUUCACCUACCUUUCCGCACGUACAGGGGGAGUCUGUAUAACUGUCAAGUACCCGUCGUCGACAACCAUCUCCAAAUUGACCGUGAGCAUUCUCCUGGCGUGGAUGGGCGUAGACAAGCGGGGCGCUAUCCCAGAAUCCGCCCAACUUGCUACCGAACUGAGGUACAAAGACGUGAGCGGGAUCGAUGAGCUGGAGUCCGAGACGGAUGAAAAGGCCGCCAGAUUCCUCCCGUUAGCGGCCGAGGCGAAGGACGAGGCCACCACGCUGUCGGGACCGACACGCAGAGAACGUCUCCUAGAUAACCUGGAGCGGUCGCCGCUCUCCCUCGAAACCUUGGCCCAGGUCAUCCCGCGCCGUGAGCACCCUGUCAUGGAUUUUGCGAAACGAUACAAAGCGGACCCAGAAUAUCGCGAGUUUGUGCGCCAACAGCUAGCCGAGAUGAUCCAGUCCGACGUGACCGUGAUUGCCCUGAAUCCGGUCUUCGGUACUCUGUGGCGCACGGUUUGCAGUGACAGGCUCAACCCUGCUCGUGACGCGCUGAUCUCAGAGUUUGGACUACAGGUAGACAGGAUCAUCGACGCGGACAAGAGGGAACUCAUGAAGACAUGGCUGGAGGAGUCCUAUAACAUGACGGGCGAGAUAACCGAAACCAUCGAGUCCGUUCCAGCUGCCGCACGGUACCCCUGCGUCUUCCUCGACCCUACCUUGCGAUUCCCUGCCGAUGGAGGAUCGAACGAAGAAGCCUCCAUGAAGUUCACUCGCAGUGAGCUGCUCGAAAUCGGUCGUUCUUGUGAUUAUCGCAUUCUCCGUCGUCUGGGCUCCGUCCUUACCCGCCUUACCUAUGUGAGGUCCGAGGAGGAGCUCCCGGCACAUAUAGCUGACGUCCCAGUGAAGGACGUGCCCAGGAUUCCUAUGGCUCUCGCGCAGGAGGCAUACGGCCGUGAGUUUUGGAAGAUUCUGCUCCACACCGUCCUCCCAGGCACCAUGCUAGCAGCUCGUCCCGCGGCCUUGCUGGCAGCCCUCAGCCUGCGGAUGGGGAUGAAGCCCCUGGAGGACGCCGCGAUUUCCGAGCUCCUCGCCUACAGGGACUACUGGAACACACUCGACAUUCCCGAGACAUGGAAUACCAACUGCCUCGGUCUGCUGCUAGAGGCGGACCAAAGGCACCAGCAGUAUCUGGCGAGCCUCCAGGGCGGCACUGCGGGACAAACAAUCUUGAAGGCCGAAGACCGCAGACUUUUCCAGGCCCUCGUCGACUACAAGCUGCUGGAGAUGAACCUGAAAACGUGUCUCACCGCACAUAUUGGCUGGACCCCCAACAACAGCAGGGUCCCAUUAGGCCCGGUAGUUGUCUGCAAGGCCUGCGAGUUCCCUCGGUCCGUGACCGUUAUGGCAGACAGCGGCGUCUGUGGACUGUGCACGGUGCCUAAGAAGGAUAUCACCACGGAAGGCGGGCGCGAUGCGUUGCUUCGGAGUAAUGUCUCGCAAGCCGACGACAGCGGCACCGAGGGGUGGUGGUGGGAGUGCUCGAUGCAGGAUUGCCGGGCGCAGUACGUCGUCUACAACCCGCAGAACCUCAAGGUGCGCGCCAAGUGCCACUACUGCCGACAGAAAGGUAAGAUCUCGGCCCAGGAUGCCGACUAUCACCGCCUCACCACGGCUCCCUGCGUCACCUGCACCGUGUGCGCCAACCGGGUGAUCUGGCCCGAAGCUUACCGCCCGUCCGACUUCGACCCGGCCGCGUACAAGUGCCCGGCAUGCACCAGCAAUCGCCCAAACACCAUUGUCCUGGAGGAAACCACCCCUCAGAAACUCAUCGCAGAGAACGGCACAGAAUGGUGCCUGCGGAAUGAAGCCGGGACCAUCCGCGAACCACUCACCGAGCGGAGCCUCUUCUACGUCAUCUCGGACGCUGCGACAUCUACCACGAACGGCGACGCCCGCGCCUCCUUCGCCGACAAGAUCCAGGUCCUCCCCGUUGCCGAACCAGCCCUCACGAUCCGCGGAAAGCCCGUGCACAACGCUCGGGAGCUGGUCGCGUCGCUGGGCGAAUGGAUCUCGUCGCGGCGCGUACAGCAGGGGACCUGUACGCUGUGUUUCUCCUCUAAGCACAAGCGCCGCGACCUGCGCCCCGCGUGCGGCGGGCGCAAGGGCUGCCGCGAAGUCAUCUGCGCCAGCUGCGUCGACAGCUGGUACGGCAUCAACCGCCCCGGCACCGUCAUCAACGUCGCCGCGCUGAGCUGCCCGUUUUGCCGCCGCCAGCCUGUUCCCAACGCCCUGCCCCGGCAAUUGCGGUACUUGGGCGGGUUAAGGAACGCGGUUGCUGACGCGGGGGAGUGGGUCUAUGCCUGGUGUGUUGGCUGCGGGUUUGCGAAGCGGUUCGCUGAGCGGGUGUGUGCCGCGGGGAUGAUAGGGGAGGGCGUUGAAGGUUGGAGGUGCGAGGAGUGUCUCACUGCUCAGGGUCAGGGAAAAGGGGUGAGUGGUUUGGUUGUUAAAGAGUGUCCUGGCUGUGGAGUGGUCACGCAAAAGACGGCAGGUUGCGACCACAUUGCCUGUCCGAACUGUGAAGCGCACUGGUGCUUCAAUUGUGGCGAGAAGGUGGGCGAGCGGGAGAUUUACACCCACAUGUCUGACAAGCAUGGUGGGUGGUAUGGUGGGAGGGAGUUUGAGUAUUAUCUGAUACUCGUGAAUGGUUACUAA